AUGGCGGCGUCGAACGUCGGCGCGGCCGCGGCCGCGGCUCUGAAGUUCGUGAGAGGCGUCGUGGAGACGAACCCCGUCGCACUGUUUGGCAAAACCUACUGCCCGUUCACCCGGAAGGUGCGCGUGCUCUUCAACGAGCUGGGGGCCAAGUACAAGGAGACGGACCUGGACGUGGUCGAAAACGGCGACAUCUUGCAGCUCGUGCUGACCAAAGCCACGGGGCAGCCCACCGUGCCGUACGUCUUCAUCGGGGGCGACUUCAUCGGCGGGGCUGACGAAGUUGUGCCGGCCAGGGAGGAAGACGCGGACGAUUGCCUGGAUUUGUACACGAAGCAAACGUACGAAGGGCUUGAAGAAGUUAGGAUGACAGCUGGCACCUACAAGAAAGUGACGUCAUCGUGA